UCGACGGAGUUAUCAUAAUGGAAACUACACAGACAGUUCUGUGGGCUGCACUGUUCUUAAUUGCAUUAAUAGGGCUUGUAGCAGCGGAUUCCCCUUUUGCAGGAAGAGUGUCGAAAAUCAGUUCCUGUGCGUCGGUCAAGCUGCUCGAUCAGAUACGAAAUGCCAGCUGUUCCUUUGAUAAAGACUUAUGUAGCUAUCAGAAUCUUAACCAUGACGCUAGAUGGGUUGUGAAAAAUGAUAAAGUUGGAGGAUUUUUCGGUAUUGGAGGGACAGGACAACACACAAACAACAACGGGUACUUCGUUCAGCCAGACGUGAGUAACUCAAGGGCCGCAGGUGGGACGUCAUUUGAACUGGCGUUACCUGAGAUGCCAGUGGGGACCGUCUGUAUAGACUUCUGGUACGACAAACGGGCAAAGUCCACAUCAAAUCUACAGGUUAUCGUUGAAUGUCCAAAUGGGCGCAGGAAUUUAGCUUGGAAUGGACACACUAGCUCUAAUAGUUGGAAACAGGCGGGACUACUGCUUCAUAUGGAGACUCAAUACAAGGUGAUAUUUAAAAUGGAAAAAGAAGACAGUUCUCACGUAACUGGAUUGGAUGACGUCAAUGUUUACAAUGUGAAUUCCACUACAAUACCACAAAGAAGCCAAGGCAUACAUUGCGAGCAGACGACACCGGCUGUGUACCUCGACGAAAUGACUACACCGUCCAUUCCACAAGAAUUAAACGGAAAUGAUACCGCCAUUGACUGUACUUUCGAGAACAACUCCUGUUCUUGGCACCUCGGUAAAGACAGCAACUUCGACUGGCACCUUGGUGAUAGCGAGGAAGCGCAAGGAUUAUCUGCCCCUCGAUCCGAUCAUACCACUGGGGGUGGAAGUUAUGCCUACAUCCGGGGGUCGGAGGUCAGGAGUUCAACUUGGAAGGCCGUACUGCAGAGUAAUACUAUCGACUCGGACGUGCACCUGCAGUUCUCCUUCUGGUUUAUAAUGAGCGGGGCUGGGGUCGGAUCCCUCACCCUCUACCAGAACGUUUCCGGGGAUGACAGACGUAAGGUGUGGUCACGUGUUGGCCGUCAGGGGCCGGACUGGACACAGGCGGUCAUUGACCUUCCGCCGGGAAUGUAUACAUUGCAGUUCGAGGCCACAACUAAGUACCACUACAUGAGCGACCUGGCUAUUGACGACACCGUUCUAACGAAUAUUACUGUGACUACAACUACUGCCGCUCCUACCACCACCAAACUGACUCCCGUGCCUCUUCCCAUAUCAUGUGACUUUGAGGUGAACACGUGCGGGUUUUUACCACCAGUGACAGAUCCCGGCUACGUUCAGUGGGAGAGGACGUUGAGUCCACUGACAGUCCUCAGUCGGGUGUACGUCACAGGGGACAACACGACAGGCUCAGGUACGUUUUUGUCCCUACAAGCCAUGAGUGCCGAGGCACACCGCGGUGACGUAGCGUCUAUCGUGUCCCCAGCUCUGGAGCCACAGACAGGGGCCUGUCUCCGCCUUGCCUACAUCAUGCCGAGUACGCUGAGUGGUACAAUAACCGUGUUUAAGAGACAGGUACGGACGGGAGAACUACAUUUGCUGGAGCACCUAAGCGGCUACUACGGUCCACACUGGCGAAGCCUACAAGUCGACUUGUGGAGUGAUACACCUUUCCAGAUAGAAAUAAAAGGAUCUUAUGCUGGAGAACCAGGUGCAGUCAUCGGGGUCGACGAUAUGUCUUUGGAAAAUAAUCCAUGCCCAACAACUACUACAUCCACUACAACGACAACUGCUCUCCCUUUACCUCCAUUCGAGGUUGGUCACAUGUGUGAUGCUCACGACGAACAAGAUAUUGCUGAUAUGUCGUGCUCAUUCGACUCGUCUGUGUGCUCCUAUUCCUCUGUCGGGGACAAAUUGCAAUGGAUUCAACUCAACAACUCUUAUCACGUCAUUCCAGGAGGAAAGACAGGUCCGUAUAUUGUCCUUGACACUGCAAAAAUAUCAACGCCACAUGGAUCUAUCGCUCAGUUGAAAAGUCCCGUCUUCAAUGGUUCAGAUGUUUGUUUAACGUUUUGGUACAUCAACCCAUCCUUGUCCUCUAAUUUGGGGGUCUGGCUGGAGUUCACUUCCGGUGUGAAAACCAUGAUCUGGUCAACAGACGGACAUGAGCAUUCCGACUGGCAAGCUGUCUCACUCUCUGUUAAAACAGAAACUGCCUACAAACUGGUGUUCCAGUCGAAAAAAACAGACACUUUUGGGCCAGUUGGGAUAGAUGAAAUAAGCGUAUUUGAAUCUUCAUCAGUCAUAGCAUUGCCGUCGUCCACAACCACACAGACAACUUCUACAAUCAGAGCCUCCGAACCAUCGACCAUUCAACCGAGAACGACGUCUCCGUCUGCUACAGUUCGGCCAAUGUCCGAUUUAGUAACGUCAUCGUCAACAACAUUACCAACGCCAUCUUCAAUAUAUCUACCAAAUACUACCGUCAACAUCUCAGAAGGGAUUUUAACGUCAAAAUCUGUUUCAACGCCACAAGUAUCAAAACACACAAUAUUACAAACAUCUUUCACGAACACCUCCCCUGUUUCAUCUAGUACAAAACAAGUGACGUCACCUUCAACUGUAUCAGUGACGUCAUUAUUUAAAAGCACUUCGACACCAUCAACGACGGUGUCUACAUCUGCAAGUACAUUGACGUUGACGUCAACUUUGGCAAAGACUGUGACAUCACAAGCGCCAAAUAUUGCAACGUCACCUAAAACAAAAACAUUGGUGCCAUCUGUGUCUGAAACUGUCACGUCAGAUAAUUCAGGGAAUUCUAAAACCACAGAGGCGAGUUCCAAUGGAAGUAGCAAUGAAAAAUCAACUGACAGCAGCAUUAGUAUGGAGACGAAGGCCUUAGCGAUAGGGUUCAGCGUUUCUGUAUUCGGUAUCUGUUCUGUUGUGUUAGCAGUCUACCUUCUGAAAAAGAAUCGAAAAGUGACGAACCAAAAGGACAAAAAUGUUCCAAUGCAUGACAUUAAUAAUAAAAACAUCAAAAGCCAAGCUGGAAAUACAACCAGCCAAGUUUCAUCAGUUGUAAAUGUAGUCGGGUAUAAGAAACUAGAUGUAUAGAUUUAAAUGCACAAUAUCAAAACAUCAAUGUAAGACUGAACAAAGAAUGUUUCUUAUGUUUGCGUGUUUAAAAUCCAUUGGGACAUCCACCAUGUUACGAAACAUAAAAAACAAUUUCUGCGUGUUUAGCUAAACGUUUAACGUGACCUUUCAGCUAUAUGUUUCUUGUUUUAUAUCAUCUAGGUGUCGCAUUUGCGAAAAGAUCAAGAUCUGAGAAUAUAUCGCCAUAGUUAAGCUACCGAAUGAACAACGAUUUACAUCAUAUGUUUUAGAAGUUUUAUAGCGCAUCACCAUAAACUACUAUAUUUAUUGUCAUACACGAUAGCUUUAAGUCAUGAUGCCUCAACCCGAGACUUCUGACUAUUGUUUUGCUUUUUUUAGCAGUUCAGUAAUUAUAAUUAUUGAUGGGGUCGAGGAUUAUUGAUGUUUCAUUGGGUUAUUUUAGCGGGAGUAAUUUUGUUGCUUUGGCACAAUCGCAUGUUGUUUUGAGGUAGUAACAGUUUGCAUCUUCGUCUAUUUGUUCCGUUUCUCGGAACAUACUUUACAUGUACGCUAAUAUAGGGAUAUCAUCCGAGUGUAUCGAACUGAACCGAAAAUAUCUAAUAGAGUGGGUAAUGCAAAUAGUUAUGUUAUAUAGUCGCAAAAAUAAAUAGAUAAAUGAAGAAAAGGUAAUUUUCAAAAACUUAGAUAACAAUACUUUUUAUCUUUUAUAAUUCAAUGUAAGGAUAAAAUCGCCACUUGAUGUUUUGCUAUCCAGUGUAAAAUAUUGUUUGAUUUAAGUUAUUAAGUGUACAAAUCAAUUAAUAAUUAUAUUGAUAUCGUAAAUCGUGUAUAACAUGAACUUAUACAGUUGUUUUGAAGAUUACCCAUAAGUACAGAUAUGCUUUUUCUAUAAAAUAGAAACUAUUUAUUCAUUUAUUAGCGUAUUUAUAUAAAUACUGUUAAUGCUCCUUGAAUUGUCAUACCGAAAGAGAUCACUUCUUUGUAAGGGUGUGAAUGUUUAUUUAUCUGAAUGAACGCAUAAUUUGAUAAUAUUAUCUUGGUAACAAUAUGUAUAUAUGAUUGUAGUAAAAGUUUCAAUGACUACAUGUUUAGUUACUGAAUGGUUCAAUACAAUAAUUUUCUUAAUAUUAAUGAUAGAAUUAAAUUUCCCAGCUUGUAUAUUGUCUACGUCAGUAGAAGAAUGAGUGCUUUUUGUUUUUAUUAUUGAUAUCAAUAAAACAGUUUUAGA